GAUGGUACUCCUACCUUUGGCUCCCAUUCAUACCCUUGAUUAUAAUUUUGCUAGUAGGAACCAAGCUACAAGUGAUAAUAACAAAAAUGGGGCUGAAAAUUCAAGAGCGAGGCGAAGUUGUAAAGGGCGUGCCCGUAGUUCAACCUGGAGACUAUCUUUUCUGGUUUAAUCGUCCUCGUCUCAUUCUUUAUCUCAUCAAUUUUGUUCUUUUUCAGAACGCGUUUCAACUGGCCUUCUUCUCAUGGACAGUGUACGAAUUUGGUCUGAACUCGUGUUUCCAUGAACAUGUGGAGGAUGUGGUGAUUAGAAUCACAAUGGGGGUUCUUGUACAAAUACUUUGCAGUUAUGUAACACUCCCAUUAUAUGCUCUCGUGACUCAGAUGGGGUCCACGAUGAAGCCGACGAUAUUCAACGAGCGGGUGGCGACGGCCCUAAAAAACUGGCACCACACGGCCAAGAAACACGUAAAAGAGGUUAACAAGCACCAGCAGCUGUCGGCCCCAGGGACCCCCAUGUCGGGAACCCCGCGGUCCCACGGCAUGUCCCCAGUGCACCUCCUCCGCAACCACCGGGGGGAGGCCGACAGUUUCCAGGUCUCCCCACGUAGGUCCAAUUUCUUCGUCGAGACUGACCAGGCGUGGGACUCCGAGUCCCCAUCCCCCACCACCCGUUUCCAUGAUCAUCCCGACUUGGAUCAGGAGGAUGCCUUCCGCCGCCACCCGGACAAUGAUGACGAGUCGGGAUCGGCCCGGGUGGCACCAGCACCGGUUCAACAACUCGAGAUCAACGUCGUGAGCUCCACAGACUUCUCGUUCGAUGGGCAGCUCCGGAAGUAG